AUGAAGUUCGAGAGCGCUAGGCCCGACACUAGCUUCCUCGAGUUUGCUGAGCAGCAUCAGGACCUCACCGGCUACAUCAAGCACUUGACACUCUCAGGGCAAGGCCUGCGUUGGGGAAUCACGACGACCCCCGUGCUCAAUCUCGAUGCGCUUGUGUCGAUUCUUUCAAAGCUACCUGCUCUCCUGCGGCUUUCUUUAUCCUCCUUCCGUUUUGUCUCCCGGACCGACUCUCAGAUGGAGGGGCCCCGCUCGACUCCGUUCGCGCUCAGACGCCUCGAUGUUCUCGACUUCUGUCAAGCCACCUCGUUGCGUAGUGCAGUCGCCGAUCUUGCCGACCUGUUGUCAGCCUUCACCGUUCGCACGCUCGAGUUCGGUCGAGUGCAUCACUAUAGAGUCGACAACACGGCUUACGGCACUGCUUGCGCGCACCGGUUCGACGUGCCGAACCUUAUCGUUUGGGGCAUGUCGAAGGAGAUAGGCCUGGUCGUGCGCCGGGACACGCUCCGGUCGUUGCGGGUUCGCCAUCUGCUCCGGUGGAUGGUGCCGGAGUACAUAGUCGUUUUCCUUCGCGACCAUGGUCGGAACAUCACCGAGCUCGAUCUCGACCUCUCUUGGACCCAGGGGCUCGCUUCUCGCGCCCCCCCUUCGCCGUCCCCGCAGCUCAUGCAAGCAGUAGGCGAAGCAGCCUCCUCAUGUAGAGCGCUCGAGGCGCUGGUCCUCCGCAUCGACGAAGUGCACCCAACAAAUAGCCUGGUCUUCUCCGGUUUGCUUGGCACCCUCGAAGCCGGGGCGCUCCGCAAAAUUGUGCUCUCCGUAGACAGAGCGUUGUCCGUCUGGCCCUUGCAUCUCGAGAGCGACGAGGCCGACGAGGGCUGGGAUUGGAAGGCGGUCGACACGUUGCUGUCGCGCGCUCGAUACCCCAUGCUCGAUAGCGUCGUGCUUGCGCCGCAGCGCCCCAGGGCAGGGGACACCCAGCACAAUCUCUACUCCGCGGCUGCGAAGAUGUUGCCUGCCGUGCAUAACGCUGGCCUUCUACAAGUCGCUUUAUGUGUUUAA